GUUUUUACUAGGACUGUAUUUACAUUUCCAGUACUGUUUGGACUCUAAAUCACGCUUGAUAUUUUUCCGGGGCCUUCUAGUUUGUUUUACCAGUCUGUGUUCCCCCCAUUGUCGGUCGAGGACCGCGGUCUGAUGCUAGCGACCCAAUCUACAUAACGUCCAUCUCGUCUCAACUUCCUUCCCCUCCUCCCCUUCGUUCAUCUAUAUCUGUCUCCCACAUCUUCGCUUCUCUCCGCCUCUAAUGGGUAACAACCCUUCCAAAGGUCCCGCCGGAGAUGUUCCGCCGACUUCGGGUCCCUCGACCCAUGCGGGUGACAAGAAAGUAACUCGCCGACCAUCGCUCAAUGCUUCAUCAGGCACAGCAAAAGCCACUGCCGCGGAUCCUUCUGCCUCCAAAGAGACGGCAACUGGUUAUUCAGCUUCACAAAAUCGGGCAUCGGUUCAACAGCGUCUUCAAUCGCGCAAUGCUCUAGACUCAGCGACGCGGUAUGCGCCUGAAACUAAGAAAAUAGACAUACGCUCCCCCGAUCCGUCAAACCCCGUCCAGGUGCCAACCUCACGAACUAGUGCUAGGAAUGAUCAUUAUACAUCUGUAGCGCCGUCCGCUCCACCUCACAAUGCCUACUACAGCGCAUCUGCACAUCUCCAGCGGCCACCUCGAUUGCCUCUACCGAUUGGUGAUGCCAUGGCGACGCCAGGCUCACCUUAUAUGGGAUCGCCUCCCGCGGAUCAAUUGCUCGAUGAACAGACAGGUCAGGGAGAUUCGAAGUUGGGCGAUACCGCCGUUGAGGAUGAAGAAGUCUUGGAAGAGCUGGAGCCGUAUACAAGCAGUGGUGUAGGCCGGCCUGUUCCCACAAUUAUAGAAUGGACUGCUCCUGGCGACAAGGUUUAUGUCACCGGAACCUUUGUCAACUGGGAGAAAAAGUUCCGUCUCCACAGAAGUGAAAGUAACCCCGGUGUUAUGUCAACCAGGUUAAAUCUCCGCCCUGGAACCCACCACUUAAAAUUCAUCGUAGACGGUGAGAUGCGCGCGGCGGACAGUCUUCCCACUGCAGUAGACUUUACCAAUCAUCUCGUUAAUUACAUCGAAAUAAGCGCCGACGACGCUAAUCGGUCACGAAGUGGGAGCGAUAAAACAUCUCAAAGCAAUGUUCCUCCUGGAGUCUACCCUCCGCAAGUCCUGCCCACUCGAGCUGGGUCUGAGCAGGUUGGAUCCGGAUCAGCCGUUGAAGAUCAACCGGACGAGCUGGAAGAGAUUCCCCAAGGAGACUUCCGUCGUAUAAUCCCGCAGUUCCUUGUUGACUUAGACAGAGACGAUGAAACUCAAGAGAGCCCAGCUUACCAACAAGCUGUCAAUGUGAUUGGCGAUGCACCUACGCCACCAAGUCUACCACUGUUCCUGGGAAAGUCGAUAUUAAACGGCACUACGCCAAUGAAGGACGAUAGCAGCGUACUGAAUUAUCCCAACCAUACUGUUCUGAAUCAUCUGGCAACGAGCAGUAUCAAAAAUGGCGUUCUGGCUACCAGUGCAACAACCAGAUACAAACGCAAGUACGUAACGACAAUUUUGUAUAAGCCAACAGGGGAUAUCGCGGGAUAGACAUAAACACACAAGACGUCACUGCAUAUCCCCUGUUCGGUCAGGAGUGGCCCAUUACUCCUUAGCUAGACAAGACCUUGUUAAACGUUCUUCGCCUAAUGAAUCUCCGCUGGCUCCAUACUCCACUUCGUGUUUGAAACAUCCGAGGAAUCUUU